UCUGUAUAACUCCCAUGUGGAGAUCGGAAAAUCACUAAAUUUUAUCUUUAAAAAUCUUGCCAUUUCUACUAAAUCUCUCUUUUUGUUCUUUCUCUUCCAGUUCACUUCAACCAACCCCCUCCCAAAACAUUUAAUAAUUAUAAUUAUAAUUUCUCAAACAAAAUUCAUAACCCAAAAUUUUCUGAUGCAGAAAACAUCAAAAAGAUCCCAUUCAAAUUCAUUUUCCAUUGCAAAGGAGCUGAUAUUUUUCUGGGUUUUCCUUGUUUUUUCAUCAGGCCAAGUUUUUUCUCAGCUAGAUCAGUUCAUCUUCAAUGGGUUCCAUGGUUCAGGCAACAAAAUGAGCUUAACUGGAGUUGCAGACAUUGCGGACAGUGGGUUGCUUUGUUUAACCAACACUACUUCUCGCGUAAGUGGCCAUGCUUUUUACUCAUCUCCAUUGAAAUUCAAGAACUCAGACAACAGCAAAGUUUCUUCUUUCUCAUCUGCUUUCGUGAUCGCCACUGUUCCCGAGUACCCAAAGCUCGGUGGCCAUGGCCUUGCUUUCGUUCUCUCACCUUCGAAGCAACUUUCAGGCUCUCCCAGUCAAUACCUGGGCUUGCUUAAUGCAAGCGAGAAUGGGAACUCAGCCAACCACAUAUUCGCAGUUGAGUUCGAUACUGUGAAAGAUUUAGAGUUAGGUGAUAUAAAUGAUAACCAUGUCGGUGUUAAUGUCAAUAGCAUGAAAUCAAUUGCUUCAACCCCUGCUGCUUAUUUUCUUGAAAACAGAACAAAAGAAGAGUUGAUUAUCAAGAGUGGGGCAAAAAUCCAGGCUUGGAUUGAUUACGAUUCGGCCAAAAAUCGAUUAGAUGUGAAGCUUUCACUUUUGUCCGAGAAACCAAGAUCUUCAAUUUUGUCCAUUGAUGUGAAUCUUUCAUCAAUUCUCCAGGAUUUCAUGUUUGUGGGGUUUUCAGCUUCAACAGGUUUGCUUGCAAGCUCUCACUAUGUCUUGGGAUGGAGUUUCAACAUGAGUGGAGAGGCGCAAUCUUUGUCUUUGUCUUCUUUGCCUUCUCUUCCAAGGCCUAAACAGAACCACACUGUCUUGAUCCUUUGCGUUACAUUUGCAGUUGUUGUUGUAAUAAUGUUGAUUGUUUUCAUCUCGUUUUACCUUGUAAGAAAACUUAAGGAAUCGGACAUAAUUGAGGCCUCCGAACUGGAAAUUGGUCCUCACAGAUUCUCUUACCAAGAACUCAAGAAAGCAACAAUGGGUUUCAGGGACAAAGAGCUACUUGGAUUUGGUGGAUUCGGCAGAGUUUACAAAGGAACUUUGCAGGGUACAAACACUCAAGUUGCUGUCAAACGGAUUUCUCAUGAAUCAAAGCAAGGUCUAAGAGAAUUCAUGUCAGAGAUUGCGAGUAUCGGCCGUCUUCGCCAUCGGAAUCUUGUUCCGCUCCUCGGAUGGUGUCGGUGCCGGGGUGAUCUGUUAAUUGUCUAUGAUUAUAUGCCUAAUGGUAGUUUGGAUAAGUACCUGUUUGAUGAACCUAAACGAGUUCUCGGUUGGGACGAGAGGUUCAAAAUAAUCAAAGGCGUUGCUUCGGGUCUUUUAUAUCUGCAUGAAGAAUGGGAACAAACUGUAAUUCAUAGAGACAUCAAAGCAGGCAAUGUUCUAUUAGAUUCCGAGCUAAACGGAAGACUCAGCGACUUCGGCCUGGCUAAGUUAUAUGAACACGGCACAAACCCGACUACGACCAGGGUGGUUGGUACAUUGGGGUACCUAGCACCUGAACUUACAAAAACUGGUAAGCCUACAAUAGCUACCGAUGUGUUUGCAUUUGGUGCAGUUUUGCUUGAAGUGGCAUGUGGGAGGAGACCUAUUGAGCCAAAGGCAUUGCCCGAGGAGCUAAUUUUGGUGGAUUGGGUGUGGGAAAGAUGGCAAAGUGGUGCAGCUCUUGAGGUUGUGGAUCCGAAAUUGAAUGGCGACUUUGAUGAGCUAGAGGCCAUUGUUGUGAUCAAGCUCGGAUUAAUGUGUUCGAAUGAUGCACCAGACGCAAGGCCGACGAUGAGGCAAGUAGUGAGGUACUUGGAAGGAGAGGUGGCUCUGCCAGAAGUGGUGCCAUCGCCCGGUGGAUAUGAUAGCAAAAAGGGUCAUGGAAGUGGUGGUAUCAAUACCAUCCGGUUUGAAGAUUUUGUGCAUUCAUACCCAAAUUCACCAUAUUUGGAUGUUGAAGACAGGGAUGUGGAUAUCGAAGCAGGCUCAACAAAACACCUCGAUCAGCCUACAGCAGAGUAAAUGGCAGAUAGCCCCUGUAGAUCAAAACAAAAUCCUUCGAAGACUAUAUUACCCAGAUUCAAGUGACCGUCGACUAUGUUAUAUGUUCGACGCGGGUUAGCUAAAUUCGAAUAUGUCGGAUCGAACACAAUUACCCUAAGCAAAAAAGAAAAGAAAAGAAAGUGUCCUGAUAACAUAGGGGAGACUAUUUUUGUCCAACUUUCCAGGGCUAGAGUUGUAUGUAAUUUGUAAAUACUAGUAGAAAUUGUUUAUUUUUCUUGUCUUCAAGGUAGUUAUCCAGUUAAAGCCAUGCUCAAAAAUAUUCAAUAGUGUAUGAGUGUCGAAAACAUAUAGUUUAACGCUAAGUUUAUUUCAUUUAAA